AUGACGCCAGAGAAGCUUCAGGCUGUGAGAGAUUCGCUUGAGGAGGUUUUAGGGUUGACAGCUCAGGUAAUGGAAGAGGAGGAUGUGGAGAUUUUGGUGAAAAACCUCUGUGUAACCCCCAAGGCUUGCGAGGAUCUCCAUCUGGAGACACUCAGAGAUGAUCCCUACCCAGUGCCAGCGAAUAUCUUGCAGCUUAUUGAGGGCUACAAAAAGAUGCUGGCAGAGGGCUAUAAGGAGGCAAAGAAGCGGAAGGUGGAGCCGGACAAGUCUGCAAGCAUUCUGAAGGAGCUGAUUGUGGAGAUACCGUUGUCUCUGCCACCUGUCGAGGGACUUCGCGACUUCCUGAGCAAUGUCAGCCAGCGGAUUCCGGUGACUCAGCGGGUUUAUGACAAGCUGAGCCUGGUGGAAAAUGCAAACGAGGUGGUUCGAGUUUGCUUGGAGCAAGAAGACCCAAUAUCGUGA